AUGGAAGCCAUUUGGAAGCCUUAUAUGAAAUCUGCCGAGGAGGACGACUGGACCAAGAUCGCCGAUGCCGCGGAGAGGAAGCGAGUACAGAACCGCCUUGCACAGAGAGCCCAUCGCCAGAAACGUGGACGACGGCCAAAGCGCGUCGGGGCAGGGACAGCAUAUUCGAGCCCAGCUUCAAGAUCUUCAGAUGGCAUUGGCCGACACUCAUCCAAAUCUACUCUAACCGUGAGAGAAGCGCGGUUGAACGAGCUCUCAUCAUCAGCCGCCAGCAAAAAUAAGCCCGAGGAGAUUGCAGAAGCGGCCAAGGGUGAAUGGACGAUAGAUGUGUAUGAUGACCAGGCUGUCAGCAGCACCGGCCCCCUCGGUACUGGGAAACCAAGCGAAGAAAUCAUGCCCAUGCUGCCGGUUGCCAGCCACGCGGAAUCGCCAUCACCGCUGGCCGAAGUGCAGCUCUUCUCCAGCACCUCCACCCUGGCCGCCCUGCUCAUCAACGCGAGCAUCCUGGAAAUCAACUGCGGCACGAAGCCCCGUCCCGCGAUCCACGUGGCCGAGUCGGCGCUCGCGCCGGCCGCCCUGAAGCCGACGCUGCUGCAGGUGUCGGUGCCGCACAUGCCCUACGUGGCGCUGCUCCCCUUUGCGUCGUUCAGGGAUAACCUGCUGCGGGCGAGGGACCGACUGUCGGCCGUCGAGUUCUGGACCGACGUGGUGCAGAACGUCCGGGUGUGGGGGAGGACCCCGUGGGACCGGCGAGGCUGGGAGGUGCAGGAGUGGUUUGCUGUCAAGUGGCACUGGCUCAUGACGGAAGAGGUGUUGGAGGAGACCAACUUUUGGAGGGUUUCUCAGGGCCUGGAUCCUUUGCAGCUGAUGAGUGGCCUCGGAGCGGUUGCUGUCUAAGCUCUAGACAAAUUUGUGUAUGGAGGUGCUACCCCGGAAGCCCUGUCCGGCCUUGUAUACGAGCGAUUCUUGUUCUUGGAAGAUUUUGAAUAAUGAUUGGACGUCCUCACGAGCGCGUAUUGGCUUACCAAAGUGGUAGCCUCCUCUCUCGGGUCAGAAUCCAGAUCUAGAGGCGGAAACGAUCAUGGGUCAGCAUGUGUCAGAACCAGUGCUGCACACAAAUCAAAUAGUAACAAAGCAAAGCAAAUCUACCCCCAGUGUAACAAAUCAAAUCUGUGUAAAAAAUCAGUCAAAUCAAUUCAAAUCUGGGUGCAGAUUUGCCUUAUUAUCUUUGCAUAAUUGUUUCGUUAGAGCUAUAAGAUUUUUUGUAGCAAC